GGUUCCUGUUUCGGUCGAAUUACUGCGAAUCUGCAGUAAAUUCUGCAAUUUAUAAAUCGGUUCGCUUUCGGAUCUGUAAUGGUCGGAGUCGGGCGGAGAGGCGGUGACGGUCCGUCCAUCUUGGAAGUCGGCCUCCCCUCCACAACAUAACCAAACCCAAAGCCAAGCGUUUUCCACGGCUUGGCUCGAAUCGGUAGUUGUUUACGGGAAAAAAGUUACGAUUGAGGCUGAUGGUCGAGCUCGGAUGAAAAAUGUCGGGCAACGUUGAUAUUGACCUGUAUGCGGACGAUCUUGAACACGACUUCGCACAGGAGGAAUUCGCCGGGGAAGGGAUUGAUCUGUACGACGACGUGAUCGCGGGACAGACGACCACCGUCGCAGAGACGCUCCAGACGUCGACGAGCAGCAAUUCAUCCCAGCCCAGGAGCGAGACCCCGGCGGCUACGAACCACUCCACCUCCUAUUCACAGCACACAGGUAGGAAAUUCCAACUGUACGUUGGUAAUCUGACAUGGUGGACGACGGAUCAAGACGUGACCGACGCCAUCGUCGGCCUGGGGAUCAACGAUUUCCUCGAGGUCAAGUUUUUCGAGAACCGGUCCAACGGACAAUCGAAGGGUUUCUGCAUUGUCUCCCUCGGGUCGGAGCAGAGUAUGAGAAUCUGCAUGGAACGUCUGUGUAAAAAGGAGCUGCACGGACAGUCGCCGGUCGUCACCUACACUUCCAAGCUGGCGCUGAGCCAGUUCGAGGCGCAGACCAAGACGAGGCCGAUGCCUCCCGCCAACAACCAGGGCCAGGCGAGGAUGCAGCAUCCGGGACCGCACUCGGUGACGCCGCGGGUGAUGAUGGGCCCGCCUCAGAUGAGGAACCGGCUCCAACCGCCGGGUAUGCAGCAGGGGCCUAGGAUGCCCCCGGGGCCGCACAUGGGCGGACCUCCUGGACCCCACGGAGGCCCUCCCAAUCAGCAGCAUCCUGGAUUCCACAACAACUGGCAGAAUGGGAUGCGACAGAACGGCCCACCUCGACCACCAGGGCCUCCGCAGAACAUGGGGCCCCAGCGUCCGGGAGGACCCAUGCCAGGCAUGCAGUUCCAAGGACCUCCUCCACCCGGACAAGGGCCUCCUCCGAGACCGAUGCCUGGCUUACCAGGAGGACCACCACCACCUCCUCCUCCAGAUCAAAGAGGACCACCUCCGAGGCCAGAUUGGAACAGGCCACCUGGAAUGCAAGGACCAGGUGGGUUCAUGCCUCAUCAGCAAGGAAUGCCGCUUCAAGGACCCCCUGCUCCUGGUCAGGGCCCUCCGAACCGAGGUCCCCCUCCUCCACAGAUGGGCGGUGGACCCCCACAAGGUGGCGGAGGAUCGCAUGGAAACCCUUCUUUCUUUCCUCAAGGAAAUAUGCACCAACAACAUAACGGGCCGCCACAGGGUCCUCCACCUGGGCCUCAAGGGCCUCCCCAAAGUUCUCACGGGCCUCCGCCGGGUUACGGCCCUCCUCCUCAAACGAGGAUGCAUCAGUAUGUUGGAGGUCCUCCUCCUCCAGAGCAUAGGCCUGAAACACCCGCCCUUUCUGAAACUGAAUUUGAAGAAAUAAUGGCAAGAAAUAGGACAGUAUCGAGUUCUGCAAUAGCUAGAGCUGUUUCAGAUGCGGCGACCGGAGAAUAUUCCAGUGCUAUUGAGACACUGGUCACAGCUAUUUCUCUUAUUAAACAGUCGAAAGCCUCAAAUGAUGACAGAUGCAAGAUACUUGUUUCAGCGCUUCAAGAUACUCUACAUGGUGUUGAAACAAAAAGCUACGGCCCGAGGAGAGAUAGGUCGAGAUCUCGGGAUAGGGAUCGAGCACAUCGUAGAUCCAGAAGAGAGAGAUCCCGGACAAGAGAUAGAGAAUAUAGAGACAGGAGCAGAGACAGGGAUCGUGAGAGGGACAAAUAUUAUGCCGAUUAUGCCCGAGAUAGGUCUAGGUCUCGGGACAGGGAACGUGACUACAGGGAUAGAAGUAGGGAAGACAGUUCAGCCAGGCAGAAUGUCCGCUCGAGGAUGAAAUCGCCAGAUCCACCUGAUACCACAUCAGUUGGAAGCUCUAAAUCCCGUUAUUAUGACGAUCGUUAUCGGGAUAGGGAUAGGGAAAGGGAGAGGGAAUCGAAUAGAAGGGAGUCAGACCGAGAUAGGGAUCGUGACAGGGACAGAGAUCAGAGAGACAGGGAGAGGGCGGAAUCGUCCCACAGAAGCUCCAGGCAUUGAUCUCCAUGAGUAGUAAGUCCAUUUCCCUUUGCUCAAGAGCAAAUUCAUAUGUAAAGAAUAACAUUACAGAAAGAACUAUUCCUUACAUCCUUCUAACAUUACUUACCUUGUAAGAAAUUUUUAUUAGACUUGCCUUUAUUAUUUUAUUUCUUAGUAAAUAAAUAAAAUAAGACUCUUUAACUUCUACCCCUCUCUGAGAGUCAUUUGCUUCCUUUUUUUUCUCAAUUACUUUCUAUUACUUUCAUUUCUUUUUAAAUGACUAUUAACAAUAGCAUUACGUCUAAAUUGUCACAACGUUAAUUGUAACAGUGUUAGACGUGUCUAAGUACUGAUACAUUUAACACAGAACUUGUUAUUGUAAUACCUGUGACAACAUGAAAUAAAUAAGAAGAACAGGAAACAAGAGGAACUAUAAAAAUAUUGCUUUACAUCAACAUUUUCAUUUCGUCAAUGCUAAAUAAUAUAAAACUAGUUUUAUCUGAGAAUUUGAAUAGUAAAACACUAUUGGAAUUGUCACCUCUUUAUUUUAUAGUUUGAUGAGAAUAAUAAAAUAUGUGUACAAUUAUUA